AUGUCUAUCCCAACUACACAAAAAGGUGUUAUCUUUUAUGAAAAUGGUGGUGAAUUACACUAUAAAGAUAUUCCAGUUCCAACUCCAAAAGCUAAUGAAAUUUUAAUCAAUGUUAAAUAUUCAGGGGUUUGUCACACUGAUUUACACGCUUGGAAAGGUGAUUGGCCAUUACCAGUUAAAUUACCAUUAGUUGGUGGUCAUGAAGGUGCUGGUGUUGUUGUUGCUAAAGGUGAAAAUGUUACAAAUUUUGAAAUUGGUGAUUAUGCUGGUAUUAAAUGGUUAAAUGGUUCAUGUCAAUCUUGUGAAUUUUGUGAAAAAUCAAAUGAAUCAAAUUGUCAAAAAGCUGAUUUAUCAGGUUAUACUCAUGAUGGUUCAUUCCAACAAUAUGCUACUGCUGAUGCAGUUCAAGCUGCUAAAAUUUCAAAAAACACUGAUUUAACUGAAGUUGCACCAAUUUUAUGUGCUGGUGUUACUGUUUAUAAAGCUUUGAAAACUGCUGAUUUAGCCGCUGGUCAAUGGGUUGCCAUUUCAGGUGCUGGUGGUGGUUUAGGUACUUUAGCUAUUCAAUAUGCUAAAGCUUUAGGUUUAAGAGUUUUAGCUAUUGAUGGUGGUGAAGAAAAAGGUGAAUUAGUUAAAUCUUUAGGUGCUGAAGUUUUCAUUGAUUUCACUAAAUCAAAAGAUAUUGUUAAAGAUAUUAUUGAUGCUACAAAUGGUGGUCCUCAUGGUGUUAUUAACGUUUCAGUUUCUGAAAAAGCUAUUGAACAAUCAACUGAAUAUGUUAGACCUUGUGGUACUGUUGUCUUAGUUGGUUUACCAGCUGGUGCCGUUGCUAAAGCUCAAGUCUUUGGUGCUGUUGUUAAAUCUGUUUCAAUUAAAGGUUCUUAUGUUGGUAACAGAGCUGAUACAAGAGAAGCUAUUGAUUUCUUUGAAAGAGGUUUAGUUAAAGCUCCAAUUAAAGUUGUUGGUUUAUCUGAAUUACCAAAGAUUUAUGAUUUAAUGCAACAAGGUAAAAUCUUGGGUCGUUAUGUUGUUGAUACUUCAAAAUAG